AUGUACUCCUUUUCCUCGUUCUCCAAGGCAUGUGUGCUUGCUAAGUCGAUUCAAUUGUCUCUGACUCAGUGCGACCCUAUGGACUGCAGUCUUCUAGGCUUCUCUGUCUAUGGGAUUCUUCAGGCAAGAAUACUGGAGUGGGUUGCCAAUUCCUCAUCCAGGGAUCUUCCCAAACCAGGGAUCAAACCAGCGUCUCUUUGUCUCCUGCAUUGGCAAGUAGGCUCUUUACCACUAGUACCACCUGAGAAGCCCAGGCAAGAAUACUGGAGUGGUUUGCUGUGCCCUCCUCAAGGGGAUCUUCCUGACUCAGACAUCAAACCUGUGUCUCUUACGUCUACCUACAUUGGCAUGUGGAUUCUUUACCUCUGGUGUCAACUAGGAAGCCCCAUUCUCCAGUGUCUCCACUCUAUCCAAACUAUUGUCACUUACUCAGAUUCCUGUGUUAGUCUCCUCACUAGCCUUCCUGCCUUUAUCCACAUUUGCCUCCCUCCUAUCCAAUCACAGAGCAGCUAG